AAAAAAAAAAAAAAAAAUCGUUUAAAUUCAAAAGGAAUCGAAAAGUUCAUAUAUAAAUCGUUGAUUGAUUAUAAGAAAAAAUAUUUUUUUUUUCCUUUGAAUCUUAUUAAAUAAUUGAUUAAAGUUUAUUUAUACAAGACAAUGACGGAAGAUAAUGCAAAUCAACUUGAAGAACUUGUAAAACAACUGAAACAACUUCAUAUAAGUGAAUUUGAUCAUGCUGUAUUGUCAAAUCUUCCAAAUUUAAUAUCUGGCCUUGAGUCAUGUAAAAACAUUAUAUGUGAUAAUACAACGACUAUCGACGAGAAAGAAAAAGCUUGGUCUCAAGUAGUAGAAACUGUUGAAUUAUUGGCAAAUGCCGCAAAGAGUGACCAUCCACGUGACUCUCUUGGCGCUUCAGGGGCUUUUGAGUUGAUUGUUGCGUUCAUGAAUCUUAAUGUUAAUAAUCGUCCUCGUGUCGAUUAUCAAUGUCUUCGUGCACUUGCAAAUUUCUGUAUAACACAUGAUGUGAAUAGGCAGAAAUUUAUAGAUAUCGGUGGUAUCGAUGUAGCCCUUAACUGUUUAAAACAAAAAAAAGAUUUAGAAACAAUUCGCGCGUCUAGUGCAACAUUAUUAAACGCGGGACUUAAUUAUAAUAACGUGAAUGUUGGAAUAGUAAAUAAAGAUGGCUUAAAUAUUUUGGCUGAAAUUCUGGAUCCUGAGCAUGUGUUAAAAAAAUAUGAUGAUGAAACCGCAAGAACAUGUGUAUAUUUUGCUACUAGGGUUAUAAUAAAUCUUAUUGGAACAGCUGAAGGAAAGAGAGAGAUCGGAAAAACAAAAAUUAUUACCUCUUUAGUUCAACUUUUAAAAUAUUCAUCUCGUGAAGAUGCUGUAGACGAUGACGUUGAUAUAUUAGAAAAUGUUGUGGAAAUUUUAGAAACUGUUGCCUUGGAAAGUGAUGAAGUGCAACAAAUUCUUGUACGAGAUGAAUUAUUUACUUAUUUAUUGGAUUUCUUGGAAUUUUCAAAACCUCCACUUAAUUGUGAACAACGUAUAAUUAAGAGCUAUGGAAGUUGUAAAGCUGCCGUAUUGAAAGUUAUUGUCUCUACGGCUAUGAGUGAUAGUAAUAUGGAACCAUUGUUUGGUGAUGAUGUUAUAUUGCAACGAUUUCUUCAAUGGCUUAAUUCAGGUCCAGAACGUGAUGAUUUACAAAUGUGUUCUGCUUUAUCUUUGGGAAAUCUUGCACGAAGUGAUACACAUUGUACAAAAUUGGUUCAUCAAUUUAAGAUUGGCGAACCACUUGCAAACGUUUUAAAAACUUCGGAUAAUAUCAAAGUGCAGCAUGCUGUAAUAAGUGUACUCAAGAAUAUAUCACUGCCAGUUGAAAAUAAGGCAAUAAUUGGAUCGUUGGGAAUUAUUGGAUUGUCAGCACCUUUACUAGAAAAAGACACUGUUCAACCUGUUCAAUUAGGAGUUGUUGGAAUUUUAAAACAUUUAUCAUCAUCUCAGAAUAAUAUUUCAAAUUCUGUAAAGAUUAUUCUAGGAGAAGAUCCAGCUGAUACAGAGACACCAACCCCUCUAAGUCGAUUAUUAUCUUUAAUUAAGAGAACAGACGAAAUACCUGUUCGAAGUGAAGGAACUCGUGUUCUUGUUAACCUUGUAAAGAAUCUUUGGAGUGAACUUCCUGACACAGAAUCAGGAGGAAUUUCAAUGAAAACUUUGCGACAAAAAUUGAAUAAACUGGAAAUAGUUGAACCACUUGUUAUUAUGGUUAUAGAAUCUAAAUAUCCUAUACUUCAAAAUGAGGGUAUAAUUGCUUUAACGAUAUUAUCAAUGGAUGAUACUGCAAAAACUGGAGAGUCAAAUAUUACUCUAGAUUUUUUAACAUCAAAGAAAGAAAAGACUCCUGCUGUUGUUGAAGAACAAUCAAAUGAAGAAUCUACAACAGCCGCUUCAUCUUCAUCUGCACCACCAUCACAAUCAUCUUCACCACAAAUUUUAAAUUUACUAAAUGCUAUAACUGAUAUCAUACUAAAUGAAAAAAAUGCUUAUCCUGAUGAAAUAAGAAGCAAUGCUUGUAUGUUUUUAGAGAAAGCUUCAAAAGCUUCUAGUGGUCACCAAAAACAAUAUUUACGUCAGAAUGUACCACCUGUAAUAGAGCCUUUGAUUAAAAAUAUUGAACAAAAUCCAUUAAAUAAUAGAUUAGAAGCUGACAUUAAAAAAGUUUUAAAAAGUUUGGAUUAAUUUAAUUAUUUAAUUUUGAUUCCUUAAAUUAUUUACUAUCUAUUAUAUAAUAUUUGUAUUUAUAUAUAAUAUUCUUUAAAUGAUUAUUAAAAUAUUAUAUCAUUAUUAAAAAAAAAAAAAUUUUUUUUAAUAAUAUAUUAGAAAUUUCUUAUUAAUAAUUUGGAAUCUUAUAG